GUUCGUGUGAGAUACUUUUAUCAAAUAAGCAUUGUUAGUGUGGUAUAUGUUUAUUUUAUAACAAAACCAAGUCCAUAGAUAUAGUCAGAAAAAUUAAUCAAUUCGUUAGAAGAGGUGAAUAAUCGAUAAAGGUUAGUUCGAUACCCAAACUCGUCUCCAUUUCUCCACAAACUCACGAACAACACAACAUGCAACUAGCUACCAACAAUACAAGACUAUAAUCGAGAGUGGAGACUAAUCGAUUUAUUAAAAGAGGGUGACUCCACUUAUCGAGCCACUUUUGUGUUUUGUUGUUGUUGCCACCGGAGGAGCCGUAACAUGCAACGAUGUUUGUUUGGUAACAAGUCACUCCGCCUCUCCGUUAUCUUCAAAUCUCUUUCCAAAUCCAUCGCUUCUGAAUUUACACUAACUAACCUCUUGUAUGCGAGAUAUAUAAUUUAUCUAACACUUUAUUAAUGUGAGAAGAAACACAUCUCCACUAUUUAAUUACCAUUUUAUUUUAUUUAAUGAUGAAAUUUUUGUGGAUAUCCACAACCAACUCACGCUAACCCGCAACGGAUAGUGGUUAACCAUUACCCAACACGGGACGGGUUGUAUGUAGCAUAAUUCUAUAUUUGCAGGUGGGGUUACCAGCAUAAUAUGGGGCGGGUAACCACACCCACCCCAAUUUCUACCCCUACCUAUUGGGAAAAUUCUGAACCAAACCCCAGUCAAGCCAACGCCCCCCAAACGGCCAAAACCCCUGGCUCGCGCCCUCCUCGACCUCAUUCCCUCUCUCACUUCAUCGCGCGCUCGAACUCUCCCAACGAUUGUACCCUAGUAUCUUCGCUUUCCGUUCCCGCCGUGUUUGCCUUAGUCCGCCAUUACUGUUUGUUUGCUCGUAGCCCUUUGCCGCCAAUCCAUUACCUCAUACCCACCGCAACCCCUCUGCCCUUGCCUCUUCGACUUUCUUCCUCUCUUCCAGUCGAAUCGCCUUCGCAGUAAUUUGGUCUCCCGAAACACCAGAUACUGUCUCCUUCCUUCAGCGUUUGGUUCCGACUUCACAGGAAUAAGGGUAUCCGUUCAACUAGUCCAGCAAAAGGGUUUCUUUCCCCUUUCUAAAAAGGGUCUUUCUUCUUCUUCUUCUCAAUGGGUACGGAGAGGAAGAGAAAGGUCAGCUUGUUUGAUGUGGUGGACGAAACAGCUGCUGCUAAGCUCACCAAGGCUAACGGUGGAGUGGCUACUGCGGGAGUAAACGGAAUCAGCUAUAGCGGCUCUGUAAAUCCAUGGAAUGGGAAGCCCUUUUCACAGAGGUACUAUGAUAUAUUAGAGAAGAGGAAAACUCUGCCUGUUUGGCACCAAAAAGAGGAGUUCUUGGACGCGUUGAGGAAGAACCAAGUCCUCGUCCUUGUUGGUGAGACUGGAAGUGGCAAGACAACUCAGAUUCCUCAAUUUGUUCUGGAAGCUGUGGGGUUAGAAACUGCAGAUAAGAGGCGCAAAAUGAUGGUUGGGUGUACUCAGCCUCGUAGAGUGGCUGCAAUGUCUGUUUCUCAACGUGUUGCUGAAGAGAUGGACGUUAGUAUUGGCGAAGAAGUUGGUUAUAGUAUCCGGUUUGAGGACCGUAGCAGCACGAGAACAGUGUUGAAGUAUUUAACUGAUGGUAUGCUUUUAAGAGAAGCAAUGACCGAUCCACUUCUGGAACGCUACAAAGUAAUAAUCCUUGAUGAAGCUCAUGAAAGAACUUUGGCAACAGAUGUACUUUUUGGGCUUCUCAAAGAAGUGUUGAAGAAUAGACCAGACUUGAAGCUAGUUGUGAUGAGUGCUACACUUGAAGCUGAGAAGUUUCAGGGCUAUUUCAAUGGUGCUCCUCUUAUGAAAGUUCCCGGUAGGCUUCAUCCUGUGGAAAUAUUCUACACUCAGGAGCCUGAAAGGGAUUACCUGGAGGCAGCUAUUCGUACUGUUGUUCAGAUACACAUGCAUGAAGGACGUGGUGACAUACUAGUUUUCUUAACCGGUGAGGAGGAGAUCGAGGAUGCCUGCCGGAAAAUUUCGAAAGAGAUAGGUAAUUUGGGUGACCAAGUGGGACCUGUGAAAACGGUGCCCCUGUAUUCGACUCUUCCACCAGCCAUGCAACAGAAGAUAUUUGAUCCUGCUCCAUCUUCUUUGAAAGAGGAUGGUCCUCCUGGUAGGAAAAUUGUGGUUUCAACAAAUAUUGCGGAAACUUCGCUCACCAUUGAUGGCAUUGUUUAUGUCAUUGAUCCUGGUUUUGCCAAGCAAAAAGUAUAUAAUCCACGUGUUCGCGUUGAGUCCUUGUUGGUGUCCCCGAUUUCAAAGGCGAGUGCACACCAGAGAGCUGGUCGUGCUGGUAGAACACAGCCAGGAAAAUGUUUUAGGCUCUAUACUGAGAGAAGUUUCAAUCAGGAUCUGCAGCCACAGACAUAUCCUGAGAUAUUGAGGUCGAAUCUUGCGAACACAGUUCUCACACUGAAGAAGCUAGGGAUUGAUGAUUUGGUGCAUUUUGAUUUUAUGGACCCACCUGCUCCUGAGACAUUGAUGCGAGCUUUGGAAGUGUUGAACUAUUUGGGAGCUUUGGAUGAUGAUGGCAACUUGACUAAGCUGGGGGAAAUCAUGAGUGAGUUCCCAUUAGAUCCUCAGCUGUCAAAGAUGCUAGUCAUCAGUUCCGAGUUCAAUUGUUCAAAUGAGAUCCUCUCGGUUUCAGCUAUGUUAUCAGUACCCAAUUGCUUUGUCCGACCUAGGGAGGCUCAAAAGGUAGCUGAUGAAGCAAAAGCUCAGUUCGGGCACAGUGAUGGCGAUCACCUCACACUGUUGAACGUGUACCAUGCAUUCAAGCAAAAUAAUGAAGAUCCGUCUUGGUGCUAUGACAACUUUAUCAAUUACAGGGCACUGAAGAAUGCUGAUAAUGUUAGAGAACAGCUUGCGCGUAUCAUGUUGAGAUUUAACCUGAAGAUGUGCAGCACAGACUUUGACAGCAGGGAUUAUUAUGUCAAUAUUAGGAAAGCCAUACUAGCAGGCUACUUUAUGCAGGUUGCUCAUCUGGAACGUACUGGACAAUACUUAACUGUCAAAGAUAACCAGGUUGUGAACUUACAUCCAUCUAAUUGUCUGGAUCGUAAGCCUGAGUGGGUUGUCUACAACGAGUAUGUCUUAACAAGUAGGAAUUACAUUCGGACGGUGAUAGAUAUCCGUGGUGAAUGGCUUGUGGACUUAGCACCACAUUACUAUGAUCUCGAGAACUUCCCACAGUGCGAGGCGAAGCGGGUUCUGGAGAAGCUCUACAGGAAGAGGGGAUAGGGGAUAGGAAAGCAAGAGCAGCAGGAGAUAGGAGUACUGUCUUUCUAUCUCCCCCCAAUGGAUCUUGCUAAAGAUAUAAAAAUUGGCUUGCAUUAGAACUGUUUGCAGUUUUAGCCACUCUGUAUGUGUAUGCAAGCUUGCCUGUUAAGUCCCCAUGUUGAUGAAUUUCGCCAGUCAGUUUCUGCUUUUGGAUCUGGAAUAGAGAAGUCACCACUUGCCAUGUAGUGAAAGAGAGAGAAGUGGCUCUGGGCUCUGGCUGGUUACUUAUUUCGAUCACCAUGCUGCUACUUUGUUAUUUAUCUUGUCACUGCUGGACAGUGCAUUAACCUGGGUAUCUAUACUUCCCACGGCCAUUUUAGCUGCAAUUUUAUAACACCUUUCUGUUGGAUUAUGUCAAGCCAUGUAUUAACUUCCCUGCUGGUGUGUCAUUUUAUGCCUGAAACUAAAAAUAGAGGCUCAAUUUACUUUUUUAUCGGUUCGUUUUGUGAUGAAAUUAUAGAACAGAGUCUCGGGUGGCAUUUGCUAAUUACUAAUUAGCCUCGGCUCCCUCGGUAAUGUGGGCGGGAAUUUUCAAGAAAGACUAAACAUUUUU